CUUGAUAUUUUACGGGGCUGGACAUCCUCUUCCUACAUUGCCUGACAUUGCCAGAGAGCUCAGCACUUCCUGAUCUGUUUCCUCCUCAGCCAUCGCACACAAUAUUUGAGUCAACAUGCCUCACGCUUACCCCUUUCUGUCGACGGAGCAAAAGAAGGAGCUCAGCGACAUUGCCAAGAAGAUCGUGGCCCCCGGGAAAGGCAUCCUAGCCGCCGAUGAAUCUACAGGCAGCGUCGCCAAGCGUUUCCAGGGCAUCAACGCGGAGAACACGGAGGAGAACCGCCGGCUCUACCGCCAGCUGCUGUUCACGGCGGACGACCGCGUGGCGCCCUGCAUCGGCGGCGUCAUCUUCUUCCACGAGACGCUGUACCAGAAGACGGACGACGGCAAGCUGUUCCCCCAGCUGAUCCGGGAGCGCGGCCAGGUGGUGGGCAUCAAGGUGGACAAGGGCGUGAUGCCCCUGGCCGGCACCGACGGCGAGACCACCACACAGGGUCUGGACGGUCUGUACGAGCGCUGUGCUCAGUACAAGAAGGACGGCGCCGACUUCGCAAAGUGGCGCUGCGUGCUGAAGAUCACCGAGAACACGCCCUCUGAGCUGGCCAUCAUGGAGAACGCCAACGUCCUGGCCCGCUACGCCAGCAUCUGCCAGAUGCACGGCAUCGUGCCCAUCGUGGAGCCCGAGAUCCUCCCUGACGGCGACCACGACCUGCAGAGGACCCAGUACGUCACCGAGAAGGUGCUGGCGGCCGUCUACAAGGCCCUGUCGGACCACCACGUCUACCUGGAGGGCACCCUGCUCAAGCCCAACAUGGUCACCGCCGGACACUCCUGCACCCGCAAGUACAGCGCCCAGGAGGUCGCCAUGGCAACCGUCACGGCCCUGCGCCGCACCGUGCCCCCCGCAGUGCCAGGCGUGACCUUCCUCUCCGGAGGUCAGAGCGAAGAGCAGGCCUCCAUCAACCUGAACGCCAUCAACCAGUGUCCCCUGAGCCGGCCCUGGGCCCUCACCUUCUCCUACGGCCGCGCCCUGCAGGCCUCGGCCCUCAAGGCCUGGGGAGGGAAGAAGGAGAACGGCAAGGCCUGCCAGGAGGAGUACAUCAAGAGGGCCCUGAACAACAACCUGGCCUCCCAGGGCAAGUACGUGUCCAGCGGAGACAAGGGGGCCGCCGGGGGAGAGUCCCUCUACGUGGCCAACCACGCCUACUAGACGUCUCCCCGCCCCCCCCCCCCC